UGUUAAGGUCACCACAUGAUGGCCCUUUUUAUUGUCAAAGAUCUGUGGCUUUUAAUUCUUUCGAUCUAUUUAUUUCCUUAAAUUUUAUUAUUUGGGUUAUUAAUUACAUAAACUUGAAUUCUGCAGUGGAAAAUAAUAAAGACGGUUAAAAAUUAACAGAUGAUGUAGAAAAUAUAACUUUUGAAAGGCUCAGUUUCUAGUCUUCACCUUUUAACAGGAUGGAACCUAAAUUAGGAACCUUAAUUACUAAAAACACCACAUAUGAUAUCAUGGUGUAUGGGUGUUUAGGAACCUAUGAAACAGUUGCUUGUAUAAGGAAUGGUAUUUUGUCAUCGUUAGCUUUACUUACAGCUCUCUUCUGUAUCAUUAAAAUUAUCCGUCUGCACAUGGCAUGUAACAAGUCUGUUCAUCAGUAUUUCAUCUUCUACUGUGCUUCGCUGGAAUGUGUUUUAGGGAGUAUACACUGGCUCAUUGGUACAGUAAGCCAGUUAGAUUUUGUUCUUCAGUAUCUGAAACUAGUGCAGUUUUUAGUUAUGUGCCAUUAUUAUUGGACUCUGGCAACUAGAGCUUUAAGAAGAGAGCAACUAUCAAAAAGGUUUCUUUUGCCAUUUCUGAUUUUGGCAUGUACUUAUUUUACUGUGAUAAGCACGCUUGGAAUAAUUAACGUACAGUCAACAUGGACAGAAUGUUUACAACCAUAUUGGUUAGAAUUAUCAGCAGCUGAGUUUGCUAUUGUUCAACUGUUUGCUGUAGCUGGAUUUUAUAUUACAAGACGUCUUAAUGAAAUAAGUACAUUAGAUUCUGUACGCUGGUCACAAAAGAGAGAUCUAUGGUGUAUUGUAAUUGUGUUUGAGAUAUCUGCAAUGGUUGGUUUCUUGUAUGACAUUACUCUACAAAUUGUUGGUGAUGAAGAAGAAGGCUGUAGUGGUAUAUUUUUAUAUGCCCAGGAAUUAUACACACCUAUAUUUGUAUCAUUUACAAUAUUAAAACUAUUAUUACCUAUAUGGGUGAUGUUGUAUGUAUUUCAACCAUCUCCAGCUGUUUUAGAAUGUGAGGAUCUAAGACCUGUAAUAAGUGACGAUGCUACCUACACAUCCAUUUUCAACGAAGAUCAAAAUUAUCGUCAAUUAUAUCAUCCAAGUGAAGAUUAUCAUAGUAUAGAUGAUAGAACACCAUCUCCUCUACAAGGUGUUUUAAACCCAACAGUAACGACUCGACAACCAUCUAAUUUACUACCAAUAACAGAAGAAACAUCUAGUGCUGCAUCAUCACAAAAAACACCCCAAGAUAACUCGGCUCCUAAAGCCCAAUUCUUUCUUUAAUACAGAUUAGCAUUUAUAGCAAGCUCUAUGCAAUUAAAUUCAUUUAAUCUUUUUCAUUUCAUUAUUAAUUUUUAUACCAUAUUGUUAUCCUAUUUUUACUAUAAGAUUUAUUUACUUGUGGAUUAUAUUAAGUUUCUGUUAUCAUUUAGAAGUAUAUUUAUUGUUUAAAAUAUUGUUGAAUCAAAUAAUCAGAUAAGGGGUUUUAUACCUAGAUGUGAAUUUAUGAUGUCCAUCAUUUUUAUUUUUAAAGCACAAGUCCACUUUUUCCAUUUGAUUUUAAUAAAAGUUACUGUGUGUUUCUAUCCAAGAGUUUACAGACCAGUUCUAAUUAUUAUUCAAAUUGUUGAGAGUUGAUAUUAUUUUAUUGAAAGUUGGUAUGAGAUCUUUGUUAAGUAUGAAUUUGAAUGUUGAUCAUCAAUUAUUCCUUCAGUACUUAUUGCCAUUGACUAAAAACUUACUUUUUGGAUCAUUUCGAAUUUAAAAGCUAUUCUUAAAAUUUGAGAAGAAUGUUCAGAUAUUGUACUCAAGUUCAGUUUUUAUUCAAUUUUAGUGAAACUUUUUAUAUAUAAUAAAAGAGUUUCAAUGAGUUUAGAAUUUUAAUUUUCUUGGUGCUAUUUGCUCUUGAUUUCAUUUGUAAGAAAGCUUGUUUUCAAAAAUUGCAUUUAGCAAUUUCUUGUAUUUAAAUAGUUGUUUUCCCAGUAAACACACUAGCCCUAAAUAAACUUACAAAUCAGUGCAUCUUCUAUUGUUCAUUUGAUUUGUACACAUAUUUACAUUUGACUAAACUAAUAAUGGUGAAGCUUUAAUCUUGUUAACCCGGUAUUGAUUUUACAUUUUUAUUUUUUAAUGCAUUUACCUUUCAUAAUGAUAGAAACAUAUAAGCAUUUAUGGAAUUUGAAAUUACUUAAUUUCAAUUAAGGAACCAUAUGUUUCUUAUGUGGUUGUAUAUUAAUUGUACUCAGUCAAUUUUCAUAAAAUUUCCUGAAAGUUGAUAUUGGAGUUAACAUGGUCGAUAUAGAGUUUUAGCAUUUUUACAAAAUUAGUUCCAGGGUUAUGGUCCAUAACUUAUAUGAUUAUUGAUAAACAUGCAUUACAUACUUACUUAUUCCACAAAGUUUAAUUCUUUACCAAUUUUUAGAAAUAGUGUUCAUUGAUUUUGAGCAUUUAAGUUAUAGCCCCUGACUGAUACGCUUGAUGAUAAAGUAUUAGUACAUUAUUCUGUUCACAGAAUUACAUACUUUCAGGAAUAGUUAGUAUAGAACAUUUUUGCAAAAGUUAUGGCCUCUCAUUCUAUUGUUGAUAAACCUAUCAAUUACUUUACUCGAACUCAUUUAGUCAGUUUGUGCAGCCAAAACUGUACAUGGUGCAAACAUUCUGCCAACAUAGAUGUGGUUGGCCUCCGUGGAUCUAUUUAUUAAAUAUAAAUUGGGUCAUUUUUGACGAACAGGGAGUAUUUUACAGAUGGGACAAAAAAUAAUCUCAGAUUGCCCAUAUCACGGUUAUUUCUCAACGGAUUUCUCCAGGUUUUCAUUUUUGGAUUCUUUGGAAGAAUCCCAUAUGGGCUCUGAUUUUUUUCAACAUUCAAGAUGGUGUAUCUCCGUCACUAUUUGAUGUAUCAAGUUGAAAUUUAGUAGGAAUAAGGAACACAUCGAUGCCUUCAAAAUAGCAUAUUAAGAAAUUUUGUGACAGCUUCCAAACAAUUCUGGAAAUUACUGAGGCCUUCCGAUUUUUCUCGAACAUGAAUAGUUCUCUCCAUUUUAAAAAGAUGGCCUCUAUCAAAUUUGAAUGUAUUUUGAAAAUGUAGUUUCAGACCUCUUGCCCAUGUGAUAGUUUAUAUAUAUAUAUAUAAAUAUAUAUACUUAUAUUUAAAUUACCGUACCUGUACUCACUCUACAGAGUUAUGUUCUCACCCAAUUUUCGGUACCAGGUAUUGGUCUAAAGAUUAUUUCUGCAUAGUUAUUUAUUGCCACUGACUUAUACUGAUUGUUGAUUAAAUGACAUUAACUUAUUGCACUCAAUGUGGAUCAUGAUCAUUAUUUAUAAUACAAGCCUCUUGUAACUUUAAAAGUCUUAUUGAAGCUGCUGGUGGGCUAGAAACAAGUCCAUGAUUCUUCCAUUCAUACCAUGUAUAGGUGUCUUAAAUGUCUUUAAUACAGAAUGGAAUUUACUGUUUAAAAUCAAAAUUAUGAUAGAAAGCAGACCGUUUCAAAUUCUUAGCUGAUGUGGGAUGAGUGUUUUUUUCACCAGAAACUCUUUAAUCACAAUACAUGUAAAUGUUAUGGAAAAACUAUUACAUGAUGAGUAAAAAAAUCAAACCUAAAGCAUUGUAAAGUCUGCAUUGAAUUAUACUAAUUUCUAUUUGAAAUGUUAUUUAUUCAUAUUUUCUUAACACACUUAUCUGGACAUUUUAAUUUAUAAUUGUUUGUUAUAUAUAUGAUAUUUUAAACAUUUCUUUCAAUCAAAUUUGUUGACUUCAUUCCAUAUGUGAUUAGAAUAGUUUGUGAUAUAUGUACAUAUAUGUAGUACAAACAUGAAGAUGUAAAUAUUGACAGUACAUAAGUUCAAACUAUCGUCUACCCCUUUUAUGAUCUCUCUAAUAACUUGCAUUAAUUAAAGGCAUGCUCUGCCUGCAAAUCUUACAUAUUAUACUGCCAAACACAUGGUGUAUCUAUAUAUACAUAGAUUUAUACAAUUUAUUUUAAUACACUGUGAUUUCAUAAUGUAGACUUUUCAUUGUAUAUACACUUCAACCUAACAUACCUUGAAGCUGGAUCUAUUUUGUUCACUCCCUGGUACCGAUAAAAAUGCUAGGUAACUCCAGAAAAAAUUUCACAAUUGUUGCAAGUUACAGAGAACCAGUUACGCAUUGCCAGUUUGUAUGUGCCAACCUAUUUUAGCAAGCAGUGAUUAAUGGAGUAAUUUUGGUUUUCUUUUAAAUAUCAUACAAUGUAAACCACAGUUCAAAUUGUAUACAUGGUAUUUUGUAACUUUGUAAACAAAACUCUAGAUAUCCCAAUAUAUUUUGUGGUGUUCCGCUCUUAAAGGCAAGAAAUGCAUACAUUCAGCAUGACUUAAGGCUAUUUGCGUUAUUGACCUGGGGUUCACUGGGACAAUUAUUCUUAAUUUAUCUUUAGAAUUUCUUGAAUUAUAUUUUUACUGAAGUUUUGAAACCUUGUAUGACUAUGAUGGCUAUCUAGUCCUUUUUUGUCUUACACUAUCUGACAUGUAUUCUUGGAGCCACACACAUAUCUAUAAUAUUUUGCUGUGUUAAGGGCAGUUUUUUCAAGUGGUUUAUUGCUGAGAUUUUUGUUAUUUAGGCAAGUCUUCGUUUAUUGGUAUUUUAAAUAUGAUUCACUACCAAAUUAUAUUCAUUUUGAAAUUAUAAUCAUGUAUUUUUAAUGCCAGAUUAGUAUUUUUUUGUAAAAACAACCUAGAGAUCUGAACUAUGUGUAUAUAUAUUCAGCAUUUAUAAAUGAAAUAAAUACAGACAGAUAUAUAUAUGAUAUAGAGCUUGCUGACUUCACAGCUCAAUUUUGUAUGUAAUCUUAUAUUAUUCCUUAAAAUGAUUCAGAUGUAGGAUGUACAACUUCAUAUAUACAGCAAUUAUUGAUCAUAUCUUACGAAAUUACUGUUAUAAUUUUUUUUUCUAUAAUUACAGCUUUGUUAUAAUAAAAGAUAAAUUAAACAAUUGCAUUUAUAACCUUUUUAUAUUACAAUAGGUACAAUAGAAGCAUGUCUUAGUUCUAUUUCUUAGAUGACAUUGACAGUCGGUCAAAGUGUACAGUACAAAAUAAUCCAGUUUCUUGGGAAACAAUGUCUGGUGAUUUAAAUGCUGCCCUUCUUUAAUCUGUAAAAUUUGAUCAAAUUUUUAGAAAGCAAAAAAAGUACCCUUAUAAAUGUUUCAGUUAUAUUAUAGACUAGUAUUGAUAUAGUAGGGUACCAUUAUGAAUGACAAUAUUAAGAAUAGAAAUUCAAAACCGUAAAACUCCCAGUUGGCCUUAAAUAUGAAUGAAUAUAGGCCCAGCUAAAGUUAUUCAUAUCCUGCAAUGUAUUCAUAUCCUGUGACUUCGGGCCUCUCAAAUCGAGCCCCGCAUUUUCUAAAACCGGCUCUGGUUACUAAAAUUGUGAGAAGUUCUCCACCAUUACCUCGAAAGUAUUUAUAAGGUAGUUAUUUUCAAAAAACAAGCAAACAGUGAGGCUGAUGUCCCCCGCCGAAAUCCCAAAAUAAAUAGAUGACACAUAUUAAUUCACCUAAUGAACAUCUACAUUAAAAUAAUAAAGUGUUAUGUACUUA